AUGCGGAGACUUGCGCUGGUGCUUGCAGCGCUGGCAGCGACCUCGCAGGCCGUCGAGGUUAGCGUCUGCGGCGACGCCACGUACGACUUGCCCGAGGACCGAGGAGUGGUCUGCGCGUCGGCCGAUCCGAUACCCCCGGGCACGGCGUGUCCGCUGAAGGGCGACAAGGCGAGCGCCGACUGCUUCGAGAACCUGCCGUCGUACGCUAGCGGCGCUUGCGUAGCGCCCGAAGACGCAGUGUGUGCUUUAGUGACAGACUCGACGUGGGGAUGCGUGCUACUGUCCGUGGGGUGCGGUGGGAAGACACUUACGACGGCAGCCCCG